AUGCAGAAGGAACAAAGUAGAGUAUCAUAUGGUGGGAAUAAGAAUGGUGGGUUAGAAAAACCACCAAACUUUGGACCAAGAAACAUACCGAGAUCACCAUCUGUACCAUCGUUAUAUGCUGAAAAAUCAUUCAAUACACUCAAUAUGAGUGAUCAGAUGUUAAAUAGACCAAUGUAUGAAGAUCAAACAAAAUUAAUACCAGGCAGCAAGACGCGAUUGGAACCUGAUUUUAAUCCAUCUCCAAUACAGAGAUCUCCUUCUACUAUCGGAGGUAAUUCUAAUUUAAGUGUCAUUGAUAUGUAUGGUGAUGAUACUGAAUCUCAAAUGGCUUCCGAUGAAUCUGAUGAUUCUCAACCUACUGAUAGCAAUACUCCAACCAAUGGAAUAUCUAAUAAUAACAAUAAUAAUAAUAAUAAUAGUUGUGUAGAAAAUAACAAGGUCAAUAUGUUAGAUGAUAAAAAUAUACCCAAAUUAAUGCACAGACUUUCGCUCUCGGAUAAUAAUAAAUAUAAAACAACUCAUGAUAAUGAUGAUGACGAUGAAGAGUACCAGACACAACCAAUUCCUAAAUCCCCAAGGGUGAACAUAUCAAGUAAAGAUGCCGAAAAUUUCGAUCGUUAUGGGUUUAAGAAACAAACGUCAUAUAUAACAGAACAAGAAUAUGAUAUAUGGUGGAGGGAAUACUAUUCGUAUUGCAACAGAAGGAAAAACAAAUGGAUACAAUUAAUGGAAAAAUAUGAUCUCUCAGCAAAUGAUGAAUCUAUUAGGAGGUUCCCUCCAAAAAGUGAAAAAUUGAAAAGAUACGUAAGAAAAGGUAUACCUGCGGAGUGGCGAGGAAAUGCUUGGUGGUACUUUGCUAACGGUCAACAAUUGCUAGAUGAAAAUCCCAGCACGUAUCCUCAAUUACUAUUAAAAAUAGAUCACAUCAAUACAUUACCCGAUAAAGAAACCAGAUAUCCUGACUUGGAAAUUAUAGAACGAGAUUUAAACAGAACAUUCCCUGAUAAUAUUCACUUCCAAAAGGAAUCUUACCAGAAUACAGAACCUGAAAUGAUUAAAUCCUUAAGAAGAGUCCUCGUAGCAUUUUCAUUAUAUAAUACCAAAAUUGGCUAUUGCCAAUCUAUGAAUUUCUUGGCUGGUCUCCUUUUACUAUUUUUAGACGAAGAAAAGUCCUUUUGGAUGCUUGUAUUGCUUACAUCGAAAUACCUUCCUGGUGUUCACAAUGUCAAUUUAGAAGGAGUAAACAUCGACCAAGGUGUAUUGAUGCUUUGUGUACAAGAAUAUUUGCCAGAAAUAUGGGAAUAUGUGGUACCUUCACAAAAGAGUACUAAUAAUAAAUCCAAUUUAAAUAAAUUGAUGAAUUCUGGAUUUAAUCCCAAUCAUACUAAUAACAAAGAUUCUAAGAAUGAAUUUUUGUUUAAAUUACCUCCAGUUACAUUAUGUACUGCAAGUUGGUUUAUGAGUUGUUUUGUAGGGGUACUACCUAUAGAGGUAACCUUAAGGAUAUGGGAUUGUUUAUUUUAUGAGGGUUCUCAUUUCUUAUUCAAAGUAUCCUUAGGAAUUCUUAAAUUAAGUGAAGGAGAAUUACUAAAAGGGAAACAUCAUAAUUCUCUGACCCAUUAUAGUUUGAAUGGAAAUCAAAAUAAAAACAAACCCAAUAACGCUGAAGAAAAUGAAAUAGAAUUAUUUCAAAUUGUUCAAAGUUUCCCCAAGAAAUUGUUGAACCCUAAUGACAUCUUUGAAAAGAUUAUAUUUAAGAAAAGGAUAACGUUUAAUAACCUAGAUCAAGAUGAGAUUGAUAGAUGUCGAAAAUAUGUAACGGACCAAAGACAAAAACAUCUUCCUCUUACGGACAACAAGAAAUCUUCAAGUCAUACAAACAUAAAUGAUAAUUUGAACUCCGAGGGAUCCUUAUUGUCUGAAACAGGAGACACUGGAUUCAAAGCCUUAAAUAUUCAGAAAGCAAGAACAAUGAAGCAAAAUCAUAAAUCAGAUGAACAACUAUCUGAAACUCAAAGCGAGGGCUACGGCUUCAAGAGAAGUAUUACAUCUGUGAACUGGAAUAGUGGUCUAAAAGAGAGAGUACGUCAAAUCCGGGGAAAAAAAGAUUAA